AUGGAACCACUGGAUGAGACAACCAGCUUGUUACCAAUCCCAGAACAAGAGGAAAUCGGUGACCUCGAGGUCGAGUAUCACAAACACAAUCUGGCGUUGCCCAAGCUACCCAUUUUAACUUCGCUAUGGCUGGGAAGCUUCAUCAGUUCUCUGGACGGCACAGUCGUUGCGAACAUUAUGAACAGGGUCGCUGAAGAGUUUGCUGAAUCUGACAGGAAGCAAUGGAUUGCGACCAGCUUUCUGUUAACCAACACUGCGUUUCAGCCGCUUUACGGCAAGCUUUCUGAUGUGACAGGGAGAAAGUUUGCCCUUUUGACUGCCUACACGUUCUUUGGACUGGGUUGUCUUCUCACCUGCUUUGCUCGAAAUGUGACUGAGUUUGCCGUUGCCCGGGCAAUUUGCGGUAUUGGCGGCGGUGGAAUCAAUGCUUGCAGUAGCAUCACUGUGAGUGACAUCUGUACCGCGAAGGAGCGCGGUAUCUACCAAGGCUACGCCAAUAUUGUGUUCGGAUUGGGUCAAAUGCUAGGCGCCCCGAUCGGAGGACUGUUCAUAGACACCGUUGGCUGGAGGGCCAUCUUUGGCAUCCAAGUGCCAGUCAUUCUGUUGAGCGCCAUCCUGGCUUUCAAAAACGUAAACAUCAAGUUAAGCCACGUUCCUCCGGUCCGCUACAGGUUUACUCGCAAGAACUUGUCGCGUAUCGACUUUCUAGGCUCUCUGACAUUGGCGUUGAGCAUAUGUGGUUUGCUACUUAUCUGCUCCACUGAUUUGAACAAGAAAGCCCUUGCCGUGCUCACCGGUGCGGCUUUUGCCCUCUUCCUCUGGGUUGAAUUGUGCUUUGCCACCGAGGCAAUCUUGCCCUUCAAGCUACUGAGCGGUUCCUUCGGGCUGGCCUCCGUGGCCACGGUUUGCUCCUCCUUUAUCAUCUUUGGUGACAUUUUCAGAUCUCCCAUCUACCUGCAGCUGAUCCACGACAUCAGCGUCACGCAGACGGGUUUAUUUCUGAUCUUCCCGUCCAUUGCCGUCGCCGCUGGCUCGUUGGCGGCGGGAUACGUCCUGCGCCACAGCAAGAUGCAGCUGGACCGCUGCGCCUAUCUGAUAGUUCUGUUCGGCAUCGCGUUCCAGCUACUCGGCCUGACAGCGAACUACUACCUGGUCAGCAUCGUGGAGCCUGCGCUUUCCACGCACGGGGAGCACUCCGUCGCUGCGGCUGCCGUCCGCUUCGCCUCGCAGUCGUUUUCCUGGAAGAUCCUGUUUGUGCUCGACAGCGUGCUGGUCGGCUUCGGCUACGCGUGCCUGCUCGUGGCGACCCUGGUCAGCAUCGUCUUCUCGAUCGAAAAGUCGCAGCAGGCCACCAUGACGGGCAUCUUCUACCUGUGGAGGUCGAUCGGCAACGUGCUAGGCGCCUCGCUGACCCUCGUUAUCUUCGACAAGAGUCUCGCCCGCUCGCUGUGGCACUACAUGUUCCACUCCGACGGCGUGUCCUACGACUUCACCGCCGACGAGUACUACGAGCUGCUGAGCGACACCAGCUACCUGAGAUCGCACUUCCCGCCCAAGAUCCUCAGAGGCCUGCUUGCCGUCUACCGGACGGCGUUCCAAGUCUCCUUCUGGCCCAACAUCGGGCUGGCGAUCGCGGGCCUCGCCGCGUCCUGCUUCCUCAUCAGAACAGUUCCAAAAACUACGUAG